UUUAGAAUUACAUGAGUGUUGAAUUUGCAUUUCUCUGACUUCUUAGAGUUAUGUAUGGAUGGUAUUAAUAGUUCUGAUAUAUACAGUUGUUGGCUACUAGACCAAGCAAGCAAUUAUAGUACCAGCCUUUUCUUUCUCUCUGCUGCAUUUCACUACUUUCCCAACCUCUCUGAGAAGCUUGUUUGGCUCAAACCUCAAAAUGGUGAUUUAAAUUCAUUGCCUCCUGCUCUGGAAUCUUCUAAUCUGGACCGUUGAUUUGCCCAACGUUUCUUCUUUGCUGCCCAAUUCUAGAGAAGUACUAGUUAGUACUAGUUGGAAUGGAGGGAGCAUCCAAGGAGCCUACCUUCUUCAAGAUAAUCAAAACUGGGUUUAACACUGAUGAUCUGAGAAUCCCCCCAAAGUUCCGGAGGCACAUGUUAAAUGAACUUUCUGAAACGGCAACUUUGGAGUUGAAGGGUUCUUCAAAAGGUUCAUGGACUGUUCAAGUGAGUCAAAUAGAAAGCGAUAUAUAUUUCAAGAAUGGAUGGCAGAAGUUUAUAAAAGAUAACUCCUUGGGCGAUUUUGAGUUUUUAGUAUUUAGGUAUGAGAGACCAAUGCAUUUUACUAUAGAGAUCUUUGACAAGACGGCAUGCAAGAGAAACAAUCUUGUGGAAAAAUCCACUAGGGCUGACAACACUAAGAGGCCUCGGGGUAGACCAAGAAAGUGCAAUCGUUCAGCUGCUGGUGAAAACAUUCAAAGUUGCCAGUCCUUUGAACUGAAAGAGAUCAAAGAAGAGGAAGAAGAGGAAGCUGCCACAUUGCCCAGUUCUGGGUUCCGUUCUUUUACAAGUAUUAUGGGGAAACACUGUUAUAAUGUGGCAGUUCCAGUGGACUUCAGUAGGGAGCAUCUUCCUCAGGGCUACUACAACAUUGUGCUGAAAAAUUUGAAGGGACAAAAAUGGAAAGUGAAAGUCGUCUGUUCUGGUAAAACAGUUAAACUUUCUGCAGGGUGGGUGGAGUUUAGACGUGCUAAUCAAAUUAACUGCGGAGAUAUUUGCACAUUUGAUCUUGUGGGAAGAAGGACCAUGGUGGUUCACGUUAUUCCAAAGUGAUCAGUAUGUUAUUCAAGAUUUUCUAGCCAAUUAGACAUACUAGUAUUUAUGUGGCUUGUAUAAUGACCUCUCUUAUUCUGUUGGACUGGUUUGUUGCUGUGAUGUUUAAUUAAGAAGUAAUUGUUGUAAAUAAUUAUGGCUAAUAUCAUGUAAAUAGAUGGAGAGUCAUAUAUGCCUUUCACUAUAGAUUAGUGAUUGAUAGGAUUGUGAAUAUGAGUAAUUGACGUUGCUAUUAAACGUUGUCUAUUUGUAUACAUCAUGUACUCCUAUAUAAACCCCCUCAUGGUGAGAUGAAUACACACAAUCUG